AUGGACAGGAAGGAGCAAGAACUUGGUGCUGACCUCUGGUUUCCUCUGCCAGUUCUCCUUUACCUGCUGACCCUACAGAUGCUCACCCGCAGCCCAGCAGCUCCUAUCUCCCCAGCUGAACCCAUCAGACAAGCCUAUAGUCUGGCCCUCUACAUGCAGAAGAACACAUCGACACUGCUACAGACUUAUCUCGAGUACCAGGGCAGUCCCUUCAGUGACCCAGGCUUCUCAGCUCCUGAGCUCCAGCUUAGCAGUCUGCCUCCUGCGGCUGUCUCCUUCAAGACCUGGCAUGCUCUGGAAGAUGGGGAACGGCUGGGUCGUGCCCAGGAGGCCUUCCUGGCCUUGACCCAGCACCUUCAGCUUGUUGGAGACGACCAGAUCGACUUGAAUCCUGACAGUCCCAUCCUGUUGGCCCAGCUUGGGGGUGCAAGACUCAGGUCCCAGGGACUUCUGGGCAACAUGGCUGCCAUCAUGACUGCCUUGGGACUGCCCAUUCCCCCAGAAGAGGACACUCUUGGGCUUGUCCCAUUUGAGGCCUCGGCCUUUGAGAGGAAAUGUCGGGGCUAUAUAGUGACCCGGGAAUAUGGCCACUGGACAGACAGAGCUGUGAGGGACUUGGCUCUGCUCAAGGCUAAAUACCCAAUAUAG